UGCGACAAUGAAAAUAUCAAUUGGUUCAACAGGUUCCGUUAAAUUUUGCCUCAACAAUGAAUGUUUAUCAGAAUCACCUCAUUCGAAACUGACUCAGCGAUCGCAAGCGAUGGACUGUCAUGUAUUGUCUCAUUGUAUUUGAAGUCAAAUAAAUUCAAUCAUUUUUGUACUGUUUUCCAACCUACAUACAUACACAUACACAGACCGAUUUUCAAAAGUAAAAAGCAUUUUCAGUUGGAAUACAUUUAUUUGAUUUUUUUCGCGCGACGAUGUCAGCCGAUUCCACGAAAUCUCUGACGGUUUUUCACCAAAUUGAUGAAGGCAAUUUUUUUUUCUAAGAAAAUUCCAUGGGGCAAUUCAUUUGUUGUAGGCUUUGGUCAAAUAUUUUUGGUACGUAAAAACGGCGGCCUAGACGAUGGAAAAACCUAUGCCAUGAAAUCAAUUCGAUCAAAUCCAGAAAUUGAAGAUCAACACAACAUCUGUCGCAACGAGCUCAAAGUGCUGAAGUUGGUAUGGGGCAUUCCAUUCUUUGUUCAGCUGAAAUAUGCAUUGAAAACACGACAUCAUUACCACAUGGUAAUGGAUUAUAUGCCGGCCGGGAAUUUGUUCAAUUUUCUGCAAUCCGGCACAUUGACAUUGGCCGAGACGACAAUUUGCUGUGCGGAAAUUGUGCUGGCCAUUGAAUAUUUACACGAACAACGUUUCGUUUAUCGCGAUCUAAAGCUGGAGAAUAUUCUGAUCUCUCGCAAUAAUCACAUCGUUAUUGCCGAUUUUGGUUUGACGCGCAAAAUUCAAGAUGACGAACGGCUAACUGAUGAGGCUGGAACAGUGGCUUAUUUUGCACCAGUCGAUUUGGCAUCUUUGGAUAUUCUUUUAGAAAUGCUUGACACAAACAAAGGUCACAGUUUUGAGGUGGAUUGGUGGUCACUGGGUAUCAUUGCUUUCGAAUUGCUUGUUGGACACACACCGUUCUUGGCAUCAAUAAUGGAAGGUAUAAGCGAUCGGGUGCAUCGUAAUCGCAUACAAAAAGAACAGCCGCGCCUCGAUAAGCUACAUGGUGUUAACCAAAAUGUGAAAAUUGUCACCGAUUUUAUCGAAAAGUUGCUGAUCAAAGAUCCGGAACAACGAUUGGGAGCUGGCCAAACUGGGUACGAAGCUGUGAAGAAGCACGCAUUCUUCAGCCAGCUGAAUUGGCUCGCAGUCCAAAUGAAAGUGUACGAGUGUCUCAAACGUAGUAUACCAGUCCAAGAUAUCCCAAUAGAUUACGACCAACAAUAUGAAAUUUCUCUUGAAGAACCACAGGAACAGCGACGAAAGCAAUUCUAUUACAUUGCACCAGAGUUGCAACGACAGCCAACAAAGGAAUGGUUCUAUGGGUUUACCGAAGAAGAUCUGAACGCACUACCUGGACCAAUUCCGUUGCCACCACCAGUAUAUGACAUUCAACUGUCAUCAGAUUUGUUCAUACGGACAACAACACCAGCCGAAACAAUCAAAAAGAUAAUUCUGUCGAAAAAGGUGGUCAGCUUCAGGGAGGAAGAAAAUACAAGUCCGACCAGAACAGAGCAACAAAAUGGCGAUUACAGAUACAGCCCAUAUCCAACAAAUACCGACUCCGCACUACGACGAAGCGAACGAAUGGCAUCCAAACGAACCAAACGUUCCUAUUCAUUUUGCUGCUAAGAUAUUACAAGGCCAAACCUACUUGAUUAUUAUCAAUCGAGAAGGUUACCAUUAUUAUUAGGUAUCAAAAAUUACUGUAUCAACUACCGUAUUUAGUAUAUUGAACAGACCAUUUUUUUCCAUUGAAUCCUUUUUGAAAAGGGCAUACACAUUCCUCAUCCGUAUUUAUGUCAUACUCAUUACAUCCAUAUGAAAUGGAUCGUAAUCAUACUUAUAAAUAUAUACGUUAAAUUUGUUGUAAACAAACAUUUUUUCUUAUUGUGAUUUCAAUAAAAACCAUUGAAAAAAGAAAAAGAAAAAA